AUGGACUUUUAUGCAACCACUGUGAUCGGAGGUGCCGCAACCAUGUUACCCAGAUUAAUUAAUGGUGACACGAAGAAAGAAAGAAAUGUCGAAGAUGCACGAAUGGAACUUCAGAUGCAAGGAGAACGGAUUCUAGCCUUAGCUCCAUGGGUGGAUGACGAUUCAUUUAAGCUGUUGUUAACUCUCAUUCAGAGACGAAACCGUAUUGUAAAGGAUAUCGACAAAAAAGAAAUGGUCAAUCCGCCCGGCCUGACAAGGAUGUCCUGGCCUUUGGUAUCAAGGUUAUCCUUACCGAUCCCAGCAGCACUCUCCGCAAACUCUCUUAGACCAUUGACAUCAAGAUUAUCCUUAAUGAUCCCAAGAGGGCUCUCCGCGAACUCUAGGGUGUCUUUAGCAAUUAUGAGUCCUAGAACACCUUCGACGAUGGAGAACGUCGUGCUCCAGCCCAGACGACCAACAACCACACAGUUCGCCAGGCACCGAAGGCUUGGCGCGACUCUAAAGGAGAGGCGACGUAAGAUUGUUGUUUUGGACCGCCACUUCAAGGAGCCGGAAGGAUCGCAAGAUGGGCUAUAG